CCCACCAAAGACCAAAGACAAUCAUGUGCGUCAACUUCCGUGAUUCCUGCUAAAAUCUCUACAAAUAUUUCAGAUUGUCAUAUGUAGUAAAUGAUAACGUUACAAUACAAUAUUGCAAGUAUUUUUUUUUGGGGGGGGGGGCUACCAAACCCCUUUUUACAGCAACUUCAACAAUAGUUAAACUAUUAUCCUUGACUUCUGAUUUCAAAACUAGUUAACCAUCAAUUUGUUGUGUAUACGGAAUAACACGAUGAGGUGAUGAAACAUUUUUAUGGUUUCACAGUCAUACCGGCCCUCUGAGAAAAACAGAAACUACAACUACUGUGGCCCGCGACAAAAAUGUGUUUGACAACCCCUGCUCUGAAUUGUCCAUUGGUGUGAAUAUGAGUUUGAAUGCUUGUUUGACGAAAUGUGUGGAUGGAUGGAUGGACGGAUGGAUCGGUGGAUGGAUGGAUAGGUGGACAGUGGGCAGGCAGAUGGAACGAUCGAUUGGCAGGACCAGAGAGACAGACACACGGACACAAGGAAUCCCGCUUGGAAAUAGAGGAAGCUCCUCACUCUGCCUACUUGUCGCUGCCGUCUAUGAGCCGCCCUGAGGCUCCCCGGUGGAUUUCCCAGCAUUCCUGACAGACAGCAGAUAUCAUGUCCUCACCCUCCCUCCCCAUGAACUCCCUCCCCCCCAGCCCGCUGGCCAUGGAGUACCUCAACGACUUUGACCUCCUCAAGUUCGAGGUGAAACCCGACACGCCGCCGCUCUCCACUCAAUGCGGGUACCCCAAAUCGGGCGGCUCGCCGUACGCCGGGCACCCUCCCCCGGACUCCAGCCUGAGUUCCAGCCCUUACGACUCUCUGCCGCCCUCGCCGACCCUGAGCGACGCCCACCCACCGCCGUCGGGCUCGUCAUCGCUGUCCUCCUCGUCGUCCUCCAUCUCCUUCCCGCUCUCCGGCUUCACGUCCAGCAUCAAUUCCGCCGGAUCUCAGGGGAACGCGGACGGCAGCCCGGGCCACGCCGGCCACCCUCAUGGCCCCGGCCCGGCCUCGCUGGAGGAUCUGAUCUGGUUCGCGGCCCUGCAGCAGCAGUUUGGUGGCGAGCUCCCGGGGCCCGCCACCCUCCUGGGCGCCCUGGGCGACAGAGACAGGGUGCCGGUCAACGGCUUCCUGGGCUGCGAGGAUGCCGUGGAGGCUUUGCUGAACUCGGCUGCUGCAGCCGUCACCUCCCAGUUUCCAGGUCUUUCUCAGAGCUCCAGCGGCGCCCUGGGAGACUCGGGCAGCGACAGCGGCGCCGACGUCUCCUGCCCCAAGGGCGGCGACAUGUGCCACCGACCGCUCGUCUUCCUGUCCAACCCCUCGCUCCCCAACGCCGCCGUGUCCGUCGGGUCAGCUCCCUACCCGCAACCCCUCAGCCCCCAGGGUCGCCUGGCCCCCCACCAGCAUCACCACCACCAGCACCACCUCCACCACACCAUGCACGGCGGCCAUCACCAUCAUCAUCAAGUCGCUCAGUGCGGCGGGAACGAUCGCUUCUCCGACGAGCAGCUGGUGAGCCUGUCGGUGCGCGAGCUCAAUCGCCACCUGCGCGGCGUCAGCAAGGACGAGGUGGUGCGCCUCAAGCAGAAGCGGCGCACCCUCAAGAACCGCGGCUACGCCCAGUCGUGCCGCUACAAGCGUUUGCAGCACCGCCACGCCCUGGAGUCGGAGAAACACGUGCUCACGCAACAGCUGGAGCAGCUUCAGUGCGAUCUGACUCGGGUGUUGCGGGAGCGAGACGCCUACAAGGCCCGCUACGAGAAGCUCCUUAGCGCCAACCAAGCCGAAGCUCAGACUGUCCGCGGCAGCAACAGCAGCAGCCAGCCUUCACCGCCCCCCGACUUCUUCCUCUGAGGUGACCCCCGCCCCCACAACCUGGGAGAGGGAAAGAAAAGAGCCAACAAGAAGCAAACAUGGAUGUUUGUGACAGUUCAUUAGUUGGGUUUGCUGCUUGGACUCACUUUGACUACACUGUGAAUUAUAGUUGCACUCGCUUUCGGGUACAGCAGUGCAACUGUGGACAGGGAGAUGGUACACUAUUUGGACAAAAGUCUUGGGACACACCUCUUCAUUCAUUCAAUCAAUUCAUCAAUCAGAGGUUGGAUCAUGAAGUUGCAAUAUUAUGCGGAAAUUGUUCCAGUGUUGUGAGAAUACUUUUGUAAUAUUACAGGGGAAAAAAACAAUGACAAGGAUCAAAAAAAUAUUAAAAACAUUUUAAGUCAUAUUUUUUGCGAAUUAUGAAUAUUAGUUUGUCCUCGUAAAAUUAUUUUUAUGUAAUAUUCUGACUAUUUUCUCAAUAUUCCAGUGUAUUCUGGUGAAAUUGCACAUUGUUUAAUCCAAUAUUACGACUCUAUUCUCAUAUUCAGACUACAUUUCCAAUUUUUAGAUAUUACGACUUUUGAUCUUUUUUCUCAAAAUGUCCUUUUUCUUCAUUCAACAUCACGUUUUUAUUCUCAUAUAAUUCAGAUUUAAUUACCAUUAUGUGAUUACAACUUUUUUCUAUUUUUCUCAACGUCACGACUCUAUUCUCAAAAGAUUCAUAUUGUAAAAGUUUAAAUACAAUAAUAGGACUUUAAAAAUCUCAAGUAAAAUGUUGCUUUAUUCGCGCAAUCUCAAUCUGUUUUUCAUUAAAUUACACACAGAAAGUCAAUUGAAUAUGAUGACUUUAUUCGAAUAAAAU